UUAGAUUCUAAUUAUUACAGAUUUGUGAUGUAAAAAUUCUUUUAUUUAAAUGGUACUGUUAUAACAAAUUUUUUAUUUUCAAUUACAUACAUUAGAGAUAACAUAUUUCAAUGAAUAGAGGUGGUUUUAGUUUUGAUAAUGCUACUCUAGAAGCAUUAUUGGAAAAUGUAUUACACCAAAAGUAUACAUAAUCAAUAUUCUAGUAUUUCAUUAGAUAUUGUCAGAAAUCCUUCAGAUGAAAGUAUUGAUUAUGUUAUUUUAUCAGAAGCAGAAGUAUUUGAUUCUGAGAAUACGCCUCUGUUUAAAAAAAAGCUGAUUAAAAAUAAGAAAGACCUACUUGUUAUAAUUUCAAUGGGAUUGAUAUUUUUUGUUGGCCAAACUGCAAAUUCUGUUAUUGCACCUUUCUUCAGUUUAGAGGGUGUGAAGAAAAAUGUUUCUCUAACAAUAUCUGGACUUAUUUUUACAGUAUAUCCUCUUGUUGUUUUUAUACUUUCUCCAUUUAUUGGAAAAUAUAUGCCAUUGAUUGGUGUUAAGUUUUUACUAAUUGCUGGUUGUUUUGUAGAAGGAACGACAGAAAUUCUGUUUGGUUUUUUAGGUGACAUUAAUGAUCGUGUGACUUUUGAAUCAUUUUGUUUUGUUGUUCGAUCAUUUACUGCUGUUGGAAAUGCAGCUUCUUCUACAGCAGCUAUUUCUAUACUCAGUCACACUUUUCCAGAAAACAUGUCUACUGUAUUUGGUGUUUUAGAGCUUUUUACUGGUCUUGGAUUUAUGACAGGGCCACCUCUUGGUGGCUUUUUAUAUCAGUAUGGUGGCUUCAAAUUACCUUUUCUUGUCACUGGCUCAAUGGUACUAGUUGUUGUGUUUGUGGUGUUUUGGGUAUUACCUUCUGAAAGUGCUUACCAAGAUCAAUCCUAUGAUAAAGUGGCGGAAAAAAAAAUUGAGACUGGAUCUUUGCUUCAAACUAUAUUUGUUCCUGGUAUACUUAUUUUAGCUGUUACUCGUGUAUUUGGUUCUAUGGUAAUUGCUUUCCUUGAUCCAACAAUCACAUUGCAAAUCACAUCUUUAAAUAAAAACAUUUCUCUGCAAAAAAUUGGGUUGAUUUUUUUGCUACCAGCUGUAUUUUAUGCUUUGUCUGCACCAUGUGUUGGAUAUUUAACUGAUAAAAAGCUUAAUGGGCGAAAUGUGAUAAUUAGUGGUGCUUUUUUUGUUGGUACUAUAUACUUGCUUCUUGGUCCCUCUCCUUUGUUGUCGUCAUUUAUUCCAAGGAAGUUGUAUAUUUUAUUGAUUGCAGUUGGAGCAUUAGGGUUAGGUGUAUCUUGCUUCCUUGUACCUAUUUUAUCUAAUAUGCAUCGAGCAGGAAGUAAGGUCGGAUUGCCUGAAACAAUGGGAACAAAAACAGUGAUAUCAGGGAUAUUCAACAGCUGUUUCAGCAUUGGUUCAGUAAUUGGACCAACUCUUGGUGGCUUUCUCACCGAACAUUUCUCAUUUCAGUGGGCUUCAACAAUAUUUGGGUUUUCAGUAAUAAUUCUGGGAUUUUUGUUGCUGCUAUUCACAGUGCUUGAAUCCAGAUCAAGAAAAUCAAUUUUGUUAUCCAGAAAGAUCUAUGUUACACCCGAAGGAUCAAAUACACAACAAUUACAAACUCAUCCGCUGAAAAUUGGAGUUGAGAAUCUGACUACUGCUGAAUGAUUAUUACAAACUUUUUAUGGUGUUUGAAUGGUGUAUAAAGCGUCUUGUUGCAAACUAAUAAAAUUUAAAAUAUUCCAACUUCAUAA